AUCAAUAUUGGAUUUAUCUUAAAGAAAAACUAUGAAGUAAGUGGGUUGGUAACAAGAAAACGUUUACCACUAACAAAUUAUUAAAAUUUCUUUUAAUUUAGUAAUCCAUUCGUUUCUAAUUAACAUUUUCUUUUGUUAUUUUCACAUAAUAGGUAAAUAUAAUAAAGUUUGACUAUUAAUAUAUUUGUGAAGAACAAUUUUAUUAAGUUUAAACUAAAAAUAUAUAGAUAUGAUUAUAACUAAUAAAAAAUACUUAUAAAAUUCAAAAUUUUAUUUAAAAAAAAAACAUUAAUUAUUUGGAAAUAGAAAGAGUAUUUAUAUAGGUAUUUUUCUAAGACGGGAAUACAUCAUAUAGUGUUUAGAGUAAAGUUAUAUUAGGUUGUUUAUGUGAUUUUGUAUUUCACAAAUAUGUAUUGUUAAACUUCCCUCACCUUGUAUAGUUUGAGAAAUGUUAUAUUUAAUAUUAUUCCUUCCUCUUACAAAUCACAGAUAUAUGCAUGGAUGGACAAAUGGGGUGAUUAGACAAAUGGAUUUGAUAUUAUUUCUCUUUACACACCUUAUGAUGAACUGUUAAACCCCUCGACCAGCGGUUUUAACUAUUUUCUUUAACCAUUUUGUUUUUAGGUGAAUCUUAUUUUAGACUAUGAAAUCCAAAGCACUUAUCCAUUUGUUUUUCACUGUAAUGACCAAAAAAAACAAACUCACACAAUUAUCAAAAAAAUCCAGCAAGGUCCAACAAAAAAAACUAACCUCCAAAAGUCUUUAUAAAUUGAUCACCAUUCACAUUUCAAGCAACCAAAACACAAGAAACAGCCAAAAAACAUGUCGACUUCUAAAACCAUUGCCCUCACUCUAUUCCUCGCGACAACACUAUUCGCGUCCUGCAACGCAGCCGCAAACGCCACAACCAAACCUCUAUUCCCAGCCAUUCUAAUCUUCGGCGACUCAACCGUGGACACAGGCAACAACAACUACCCUCUAAACACAAUCUUCAAAGCUACACAUUUUCCCUACGGCAUUGACCUCCCAGACCACAAAGCCAACGGGAGAUUCUCAAACGGGAAACUAAUCCCCGACAUACUCGCAGGCAAAUUCAACAUCAAACAGUUUGUUCCUCCUUUCUUACAACCAAACCUCUCCGACCAAGAGAUUGUAACCGGAGUCUGUUUUGCAUCAGCCGGUUCGGGUUACGAUGACCUAACCAGCCUCUCCACUCAGGCCAUUCCCGUCUCGGAACAACCCAAGAUGUUCAGGAAUUACAUUGCUCGUCUUAAGAGUAUCGUGGGAGACAAGAAAGCUAUGGAGAUUAUAAACAACGCUUUGGUGGUUAUAAGCGCAGGGACUAACGAUAUGGUCUUGAAUUUUUACACCAUUCCUACAAGGCGUCUUGAGUUUCCUUUUUGGGCUCAUUUAUUGAUAAUCUCGGCCUUUUAUUUUAUAAAUGGAUCGACUGACGAUCCUGACUGCUCUUCGCGACCCGACGAUCCGAUUCGGCAGCUCGCGAAGUUCUUCUCGAUUCUCGGUGGUCCGUUCAACCCGUUUGGAGGUUAAGGUAAACAUCUAAACCCUAAAAUCUUAAAACUCCAAAUCGGAUUCUAAUAAUCCGAUAAACCCUAAAUUAUGUUCCUACAUGAUUAAAACCUCAAAUCGGAUUUUACAAGUUAAAAUCUGAUAAACCCUAACCCUAUAUCUAUAAACCCUAAAUAAUAUAAGUAUCAGAACUAAUUAUACUAUAUUUAUAAAAUCACAUAUUAAAACCUAAACGGAUAUUUUUGAAAUCAAAACUGUGUUCGGUUUUGAUCACUGAGGUUUUAAAUCUGACUGAAUCUGAUGCUAUGUUGCUAGAAUUUUUUGACAGUUAAGUUGCUAGAUUUAUUAUUCUCAUCCUGCUAGUUUAAUAAUUUUGAUCUGUUUAAGUCGAUUAAAUCCGACCUGCUUGUUUUUAUUAAUGCUUUGAUCACAGUUAGGAUUGAUAGAUUUAUUUUCUCAUCCUGCUUGGUUAAUUGUUCACCUGAUUUAAAAUUGUUUAAACCGACCAGCCUGUUAAAGCAUUGAUUGAAUCCGAUAGGUUGCUAGCUUACUUUGCUUAUAUAAUCUGAUAGGUUGAUAGAUUCAUGAUAAAAUCUAAUGUCUUGAGGUUUAAGAUUGUAUGCUAGGUUCGAUUUUAUUGAUUGAUCUGAUUAGAAAUCAUGAAACCCUAAUUCUAGUCCUAACCUUAAUCCGCAUAUCUGAAACUUGAAACCCUAAAUUCAUUAUGCUUAUGAGUUCUAUUAAAUUGAUCUGAUUAUAUGUUUUUGAGGUUUGAUAAAUUCGGAUACUAGAUAGAUUAUUUACACACGGUUUAUGCUAAAUACCAACCAGCCUUGAAACUAAUUCAUUGAAAUUCAUGCUUGAAACCUAUAUUCUAGUAUUGCUAAAAUCAGCCUUGAAACUGAUUGAGUGAUUAAUUGAAUCCGUUUUUUGCUAGUCUUGAUAAACCAUAAUAUUACGAGCACAUAUAAAUAGUAUUGCUGAGACUUGCUAGAAAUUGACUGAUUGAUUAAAUGCCUUUAAGAUUGAUAGUUUCAUUGUCCUCACAAGAUUGAAAUCCGAAUUGAUUGUUUUUAAGAAUAAGGCCGCAUGAAAAAUUAUACUUAAAUAUUGAGUGAUAUAUGAUUUGAGAUGUCGAAAAUCAACCUGGAUUUUGCUGCCCUUAAUCUCUUUGGAGAUAAUUAUUUACAGUGGGCAUUGGAUACAAAGAUUAUCCUAAAGUCAAAAAGACUUGGUGAAUGUAUCAUAGAAGGCAAUAAUGCCAAUGAGAAAGAUUGAUAUAGGGCAAUAUUAAUUAUUCGUCAUCAUCUUAUUGAGAGUCUCAAAAAUCAGUAUUUGACAAUUGAGAAUCCUCUAGACCUUUGGACAUAAUUCAAAUCGAGAUAUGAUCACCAAAGAAAGGUGUUAUUACCAAAAGCUAUGGAGGAAUCUCAGAAUCCAGGACUACAAGUCCGUGGAUGAGUCUAUUGCUAGCUAAGCCUCCAAUACUGAUGAGAAACAAUGAAUUGAGAUCUCCUGGAUCAACCCCAUUACCUGAAGCCAAUAAGGCCGCAAAGAAAAAAAAGAACCAAAGAAUCUAACCACGUCCAGGAUGAUAGACCACAUGGCCAUGGCCGUGGAGGGUAGAAAGGACGUGGCCAUGGCCACUAUUAUACAUUUGGCCGUGGGAACCACUAUGGCAAAGGCCGUGGCUAUCAACCUAAUUUGAUACCAUGGUCGAGGCAGAGACCGUGGUAUAUUCUUUAAACCACAAAGCUCGACCAAAUCAGUGUGCCAAAGAUGUGGAAUGGAGAACCAUUGGGCUAAGAUAUGUAGGACUCCCAAACAUCUUUGUGACCUCUAUCAAGAGAGUCUGAAAGGGAAGAAUCCUGAAGCCCACUUGGUAUUUAAAGAUGGUAAAGAUGAUUUUGAUCAUGAAAGAAAUGAUCCUACGGAAUAUGAAACUUCUGAUUGCCUCAAAGAAUAAUGUUGAUUUCGACUUCUGUGUUUGUUUUGCUUUUAUAUUUGCUUUGUUUUAUCACUUUGAAUUUAUUUUAUUGCUUUGUUUGCUCCGAACUUAAUAAAAGGAAUGAAUAAUUUUUUCAAAUAUAUAAGUUUAUAAGAAAUAUAGUUGCCGGUAUACAGUGGCGGAUGUAGAAUCAAAUUUAAUGGGGGGGGGGGGGGGGGGCACAUAAAUUUUUUUUACUGUAUUUCGUUUUCAGGUUAUGGCACUUCUAUACUCUUAUAGUAAUUGUUAAAGAAAAUAAAAAUUAGUUGGGGGCAUGUGCCCCCGUAUGUUACACUGUGCGUCCGCCCCUGCCAGUAUAGCCAUUCUCAUGAUAAGCUACGACCAGACUAAAGAAAUUUAAUGAUUUAUAUUCACUCAUAGAAGCCCAUUGAGUUUAAAAGAUAUAAGAGUGGUUUCCAUAUUGAAACAAUGGGCAAAGAAAAUAAAAAGUUCAUUUUUUUUGAUAUAUAAAAUUCGCCCAAGACCAUAGAAAAAUGGUCGAAAAUAUACUUGCAUUCUCUAUUGGUCUUUACUAUGCCAAGAUCAUGAUGAUAGAGGCUAAAUGCCUGCGAACAAUAUUCACUUUAUGGCAUAACCGGAUUGGCCAUCCUGGUUCAAACAUGAUGCGAAAUUGAUAUACAAAUGGACACACAUUGAAAGAAAGAAAGAGUUAUCCCAAAGAAUCUCACGUGUGUAGCAUGUACACAAGGAAAACUCAUUGAUAGGCCAUCACCAGUCAAAGUGACUAAGUAAAUAAUAAACUGGUGAAUACAUGUCUCAAGUGUUUAAAUGAUUAUGGUAUGUCCAUGGGGGUAAGUGUGGACAAUUCUGUGAUACAUGUCCAUACCAAGUACGGCUUGGCCGAAAUCUUUUAUUAAACGCAUACAGCUGAUUGCUAGACCAUUACUUAUGAGGUCAAAACUCCCAGUCAUAGCUUGGGCCAUACAAAAUUUACAUGCAUGUAAGUUCAUACGCAUCAGGCCAUUUAGUGAUCAUAGAUAUUCCCCAUCGAUUAGAUAACGGGUCAAGAGCCAGACAUAUCACAUCGUAAGAUAUUUGAAUGUGCCGUCUAUAUACAAAUUACUCCACCACAGAUAACUAAGAUGGGACCUCAAAGGAGGAUGGGGAUAUAUGUUGGAUAUGAUUCUCCCACGAUUAUUAAGUACCUUGAGCCAAAUAUGGAUGAUCAGUUUGAGGCCAGGUACACGGAUUAGGGGGAGAAAGUAAUAAGCUGGUAAAAGAGUAAAAGAAAUUACAUGGAAUCAUACAUUCUUAUAUUGGCAAGAUCCUCGGACUCAAGAAUGAGAUUUAGACAAUUGCCAGAUUCCGUUACUAACCCGAAUAGAAUGACUAAGUCAUAUAUACCAGCUGUAAAUGUACCAAAUUCGAAUUGAUGUUCAAGAAGGACACAAUCAAGUUGCUACUGAGUCUAAGGCACAUUUGAAACAUGGUAGACCAAUAAGUUCCAAAGAUAAGAUCCCUCGGAUAUUAAAGAAAGGUGCUAAUAAAUCCGUGGACGAGGGAAUCCUAGACAUGGUCGAUCCUAAGAUGGACAAACUUAAAAGCCACGGCCAUGGAUGAGGAAACCAUAAACAUGGUUGUACCUAAGGCGCCUAACAAUGAGGCUUGGGACGACAAGAUUCAGGGUACUGAAGGUCAUAAUGAAACCUCAAUAAGUUAUGUCAUGUCCGGGACACAAAUGGAACAAGAGAAAGAAUGUCGACAUUGAUGAUAUAUUUGCAUGCAGUGUAGCACUUGAGAUUAUGAAAUGAAUGAGGAUCAUGAACCCACGUCCAUACUUGAGUGCACU